CGUUGGGCGGCCUCAGUCGUGUUUUUUUGUUGUGCCCGUUCGCGCGUGUCCUGCUGGCUGCUAAAUGCCAGCUGCCUCCUGUCCGCUGGCACUCCGUCGUCCUACAGCCGUCGUCCUCGGGAGCUGCAGUUCGUCCGCGCCUAUGAACCAUAUGAAUUUCUACCAUUUUUCUACACAUCGGUGGCGCUAAAGCUUAAAUGGCUAAUAGCAAAUAAUAAUACCAAAUUCAAGAUAAUAUGCAACGCGAUACGCAAGAAAGGGGCGAGUUGGCAAAAGAACUAAAGAACUUAGGACUAACGCCCACCCGAGGAGAUGUUUGUGUGUGCAAGGAAUGCGGUUAAUAAUUGAUUCGAUUCGGUCCACAACUGGCUGCGGCGAAGGCAAAUUCGUAUCGUUUCGUGCAGAAUAAAUAAUGCAAAAAUUACAGUGCAAAUGUAAUAUGGAAUUACAAUCACAACCGUAUCAAGAAAAUUUUAAAUGGAGCCACGGCAAAGAACACAAAUAUAACAUCCAUAUGCAAAUGAAAAUUGAGUCAAACAACCGAAUGCCAUGAAUUGGAAAACUGCAACAAAUGUGAUAUGAUCAACUAAUAAAAUAUAAAUAAAGACACUUUUAGUAUAAUCCAAAUCAACGUUAAUUAUGCCUCGGAAAAUGGCAACAGUGGACACAGAACGAUAAAUCAAAAUGAGCGUAUAUUGUGUGGGCUUGACUUUUAUAUAGCUAGCGAUAAUGACAUUUAGUGCUACAGCAAAAGAAGAGAAAAACCAAAAAAAACAAGAAAGCUUUAAAUAUUUUUUCUACUUACUAACAACUUAAAUUAAUUGCACCAAAUGUGAUCGAACCGAAAUAAUAUAUAUUGAACAACCAAUAAGAGUUACUUCAACAAUAAAAUUCGACAACGACAUUGCCUUCUCUCAUUGUAGCCUAAACGAAAUGAACUAUAAAACUCAACUUCGUAGUCACUAACGUUAAUUACUAGUCUAAGUCGACGACAGUUGAAACUAAAACCAAAUGAACAAGUUGAUCAACUUAAAACUAAACUCAAAGACUUUUCUACGUGCAACAAGGAAGAAUAACAAACAAUUAAAAUUAAUUAAAAUAGAAAAUGCAUAGACUAAGUCGGGCAAUCAGUUACAUUCUAAACGCAGUGCGCCUACGUUAACGCUGCGCUAACGAAAACGGUCAAUUCGUAGAUAUAAAUAAAUGUUUAUAGCUUUUAAUGCCAAAAUCCAAACGAAAAUGAAAUCUCCUACGAAUACAAAGCUGCGAGACGUGAACGCUACGUAGCAAAAGGCCAGGCGUUGCGUUACGCCUCGCUACGUAACGACAUAACCACGUCCGAUCAUCCGAUUCCCGUACGUCACGCCGUUUAUGAACCAGGAUUCGCCGCAGGAGCGUCGCAGGACGAGUCGCCGGCGCAGUCAGAAGCAUCACCGCUGGAAAAAAACACAGCCUAUACGAAACACACAGUGCAACAGCAACAGCAACAGCAACAGCAACAACAUCAGCAACAGCAACACAACCAACCAACAAGAACGACUUAACGGAGCUAGAAAAGCAGCCGACCACUGGCGAUCAACGCAGCCCAUCCUCAGCCCGCCACUCAACUGCGCCAGCCCUUCGACUCCGAGGCUGACGCAGUUUUUCAAACGCCACAGCUACAGAAAAACCCCCCAAAAAACCAACCACCACAAGAACUACAGCACUACACAUAGGGAUCUGUUUUGCAAGAAACCAGAUUCAAGAAUUAACAUAAUUAUAACUCUUUGCUUCUAUUUCUAUACUCCUCCUCUUUGUGCCUAUCAGUACGUUCUCGUAGUUGUUGAGAAAGUUGAGAAAGUAACCGUACCGUAACCCGUAACCGGACUGAAAGCACGCCUUUUUUUUGGAUGCUGCCCUCACGAUCGACGUAACGCGCUGACUUCUCGUGACAUUUAGUUUUGGACGUUAUUAAGCUCCUAAACCUGUAACCUGUGUCAUCUCAUUGAUUUCGAACUGUGAACGCAACCCCAACGGAUACGCAAUCACUGACGUGACGCAUACGCACCGUUGUACAACGGACAACGGACAACGGCAAACGGACAACUGACGUGUAAAACAAGAAACUAAGAACUUUAACCGUAAACCAAAAGAACAAAAAAACAACACCAAGAUGCAGGCCGCAUUGAUGCUAAGAUCGAAAUCUCGGGUGGCGAGAAGAAGAAAGCUACGAAAAUUAGGUGGAAGACUUGAGUUGCCUAGUAAUGUAGCAACUAAAGAAAUAGCUCCAUUUCCUCGUUAUCCACCUGAGUCAUGGAAAAACACAUACGUGACCACGCCCCCGGCGCCGCCACAGCCGCCUCCGCCACCGCCGGAAUGCGCCCAAGGACGUGCCGCCUGGUUGGAGCGGGGUCGACGCUGCAGCGUCCAGGAUCAGCAGCAGCAGCAGGCCACCUGCCACCGACGCUGGGUGAAGCGCAACCGAAUCCAAGACGCCUCUUUGGGCGGCUCAUCGGACGAUGAGGAUUUCCUGGGCGUCCUGCGGGGUCCCAGCACCUUUGCGAAUGCCUUUCUCUACGUGGGUCUGGGCACGGUGGCCCUGGGACUCGUCAUCGCGUUCGUUGGCACCGGCGAGAAGGGCUUCAAAACCACGGAACUAAGACUUAUAGGCCCCUCUCUUAUAGUAUUGGGCCUGAUCUGUUGCAUUUUACGCAUCCUCUUCUGCAUCUGUCCAUCGCACUGCAUCUCAUCUAGCAAAAAGACGCGGAAGAAAAACGGCAACAAGAUUGAUGCGGAUCACACGACAUCGUUGCUCAGAAACGAGAGCAAAAGAGUUUCAAUAGCAAGAGGACCUAGUUUUCAGCCCAAAUAUCCCAUAGCGCACAAACGCAGCCAGAGCAAGAUGCUCAACGAGGGAAUGGAGGCACUGCGCCAGAUAGCCACCACAUCCUUGUUCAUGCAGAAUGAGCAGAAGACGGCCAUCAAUCGCGUGGUGCCGAUCAUUAAUGAGCCGGAAACCGGUGAUGCGCCACUGGAGAUGAAGAAGCUGCAGACGGCUCUGAAUGCCUGCGAGAUGAGUGACGAUGAGCAGGAUCAGAAUCAGGAUCAGGACCAGGAUCAGCAAAAGCAGAAGCAGCAGCAGCAGCAGCAGCAGAUUGCCAAACGUACAACAGCCACAACUGCCGUUACGAGUAGUACCACCAAAGACCCCACAUCAACAGCAGCCACAUCGAGGAUAACGAGAGCCACCACCCUGAGCACGGUCGAUGAGAAGCCGGACAGCAAGCUGGUCCGUCAGCGGGUGGCACUUCAGCAGCAGCGCCAGCAGCAACAGCAGCAGGAUCAGCAACAGGUACCGAAGUCGCAGUCCUUGUCCUCCUCCUCCACCGUCAAGGAUUCGCUGGAGGUCUUAGAGGAGACAUCCCUGAUAGAUGCCAGCAACGAGACCACUACACCUGUUGCAACCACAGCCGCUUCUACAGCUGCUCCAAUGCCCAGCAGCUGCAGUACGGGCGCGAUACCUCGGCUCAAUCGGCCGGGCAUCUCGACUGGAGCCACGCCCAAAACGACGACCACGACGACGACGCCCACCAUCACGGCACGGCUGCCCACGUCGCAGUCGCAUCCGACGAGCUAUGACCUGCCUCCGGCCCUGCCGCACACCUAUUCCGCAACGGCGACGGUACGCGGACCCCUGGGCAUGUCCAUGAGCAGCUCCGCUUCCGGCAAGGGAACGGGAACGGGAACGGGAACUGCCUUCACAUUGCCGCCCACCACGACAGCAAUUAGUUUGCUGCCGCUGCCGGCGCCUCCGACGGUGGCCACCGCCUCAUCCACCAGCACAACGAUAGCCAGUAUUCCCGGCCAGGUGCUGGAAACAAGCGGAGUUACGAGUCUGAGUCUGAGCCUAAUGCGACCGGCCACCGCAUCCGGUGUGGUACUGAGCGGAUUGACCACCUCAUCAUUCACCACCGGCACGGAUCACCAAAAAUCACAUCCAUCAUCCGCCGGUUCGGUAAUGGGGCGUGGCAGCAGCCUACUCCUUUCGCCGCCCACAGCGGCAGCGGCGUCGUCGUCGUCCCCGUCGUCGAGCAAAUUCGAGCCAGAAUUGGUGCUCAGUCCGGCUAACCUUGGCCAGUAGAAUUAAAUGCGAUUUAGUUACGAUUUUAGUUAGCCACCAGUUCUAUAUAUGUAUGUAUAUGUCUAGCUUCUAGACGCGAGUGUGCAUGUGCAACAUUAUGAGUGUCUGGUUAGUGUGUUGUGUGCUGUGUGUGAAUGGUUGAGAUCGACUAGGAUUUAGAUACCUAUGUACCCUAAAACUAUCUUUUGAAUGUGCCACAGGAACCACUUAGAGAAACAAAUACACCCCUUAACUGAAUCUCUACCAAACAACAGUCAUGUUCCGAAACAGAAAUCAAGCAAAUUAUAUUAAAAAAAAAACAAGCUAAAAUUAGGUACAUCAAUUGGCUAAACUUUAAUCAUUAACAGGACUCCAUAUUUACCAUCGCAAUGUCGCUAUUGUUUCGCUUUCAGUGUCCAGUCCAGUAUAUUUCCCGAGGCGUAACUCCUCCAUUCUUCGCGAGCCACUUGAUUUCCCUGCUCAUCUUUUGGAUGUAUCAUCCAGUCUAUAGCUAUCGAAUAUUUUUCCCAACAUUCUAGAUCUGUGUGUCAGAUGUGUGCUUUAGGUGGCAUAAGAAUCGCCCGUGCUCAGCAAAACGUUGCCAACCUGCGCUGUUCUAAGCUAUCCCAAAUUAAAAACAAAAACUAAAAACAUAGCCAGGGUAUUAUAAAGUUUGUAUACCAAACAUAUCGUUAACUAAAUACACAAAGCAAAACUAACAAAAACCAAUUAUAAUAUGAGACAAAGAAAAGUAAGCUUGGAGCGUCGUCCUAAUUAAAAAAAAACUAAUAUAAACAAACUAAAAACCCAAUUAGAUAUGUACGAAAAAUGUUUGGGGAAUAACUAAAUGGCAAGACGCGCAAACAUUAGUAUCUGGUAAAUGUGCGGGUGUUUUCAAAAAUACAAACCAAACCCAAACAGUUUAAAAAGUAUUAUGCAAUCGCCGAGAGAACUCUCAAAAAAAUACGAAAUAAGAAUUCUCAAAUUCUACGCAAUUCAAAGCAAAACUCAAACUAUUCUCGAUAUUUUUAAUAUCUUUCCGUUUCAAAAGCACUUUAAGCUAUUGCUAAAUUCCAAAGAAUAAAAUUGCUUGCUCUUUCAGCCCCAAGAAAAGUGAGCCGAGUAAUAAUAAAAACUAACAUAAACCGAAUCCAAUAGAAUCGAAUGUGGCCGUUAAAUUAUAAAAGAAGCGAAAAGAAUUAAAGCUAACAUCCCUGAAACAAAAAGUGUAAGAUGCAUGUACAGCAAACAAAGCAGCAGCAAGACAUAGAAAAUAAUAAAAAAAAAACUUUAUGAAUUAGUAUGUAUGUAUACUAUAUGUGCAGAAAUAAAAAUGAAAUAUAUAA